AUGGGAAUUACUAAUUCAUCUGUGGCUCCAUAUCCUGGCGCCAGAAUGGCUGUGGGUGAGGCCCUGGCGCACGUGAGGACCACUCUCCCACUGCUACUCUGGUCGCAGCUGCUUCUGUUGCUUUCUGGAUCGUCCUGUGUUGGACACGCCCAACGCCAUGGUCCUCCAGAAGUGGUCAUACCCUUGAGGGUGACACACACUGGCAGGGGCGUGAAGCCUCCAGGCUGGCUCUCCUACAGCCUGCAUGUCAGGGGCCGGAAACACGUUCUUCACAUGAAGGUCAACAAGCAUUUGUUCUCUCAACACUUCCCAGUGUUCACCUACGACGACCAGCAUGCUCUCCUGGAGGACCAGCCCUUUGUCCAGAAUGACUGCUACUACCAGGGGCAUGUGGAGGGGGACCCGGAAUCCCUGGUUGCCCUCAGUACAUGUUUGAGGGGCUUUCGAGGAAUACUACAGAUAAAUAACAUUGUUUAUGAAAUCCAGCCCAAAAGGCUUUCUACCUCAUUUGAACACCUGCUAUAUAGAAUGGACGAGGAGGAGACACAGCUCCCACUCAUGAGAUGUGGGUUAACAGACGAAGAAAUAGCACGACAACUGAAGUUCCAAGAGAGUGAUGAGUCCACUUUGAUGCAAAGUGGGUAUGAAGGCUGGUGGACCCACAGGCGUUUUCUGGAACUGGCAGUGGUGGUGGACCACAAUCGGUAUCUUCAUCACGAAAAUAAUGCCUCAAAAGUGCAGGAUGAAGUAUGCAUUGUUGCCCAUAUAAUAGGUAACUUUUUAAAUUCAUUGGAUGUUAAGGUGCUCUUAAUUGGAAUUGAGAUCUGGACUAAAGAAAACCCCGUUUCAAUAGAUAACAUAGAGAGUCUCCUGGAAGAAUUUUGCUCCUGGAAAAAAGUAAGUUUUAAUACCCGCAUGCCCCAUGAUGCUGCACAUGUCUUUGUAAAGAAGCAAUACAACAUAAACAUUGGCUUGGCCUAUAUAGGAUCAGUGUGUAACCAGCGUUUUAACUGUGGAGUUGAUAGUUUCAUGGGUGAAUCUUUGUAUAGUGUUGCAUACACUGCGUCACAUGAGAUUGGCAGUUUGGGUAUGCCACAUGACGAUGGCGACUGUGAAUGUGGGAGUUAAACAUGUAUCAUGUCUCCAACGAAAUUGACAGUAGUGAGUUUCAGCAACUGCAGCUACGCUGCCUACUAGAACAGCAGUGCCCAAAAAACAUGUUUGAACCUUUCACCCAAUACAGAGAACAUCUUCACGUACAAACACUGUGGGAACAGUGUGGUUGAUGAAGGAGAAGAGUGUGACUGUGGUCCCACUUACACGUGUGCGAUAGAUCCCUGCUGUCAGCCAGACUGCACUCUGACACCUGGGGCCGACUGCGCUUUUGGGCUUUGCUGUGACAACUGUGAAUUCAUACCAUCAGGCUACGUGUGCAGAAAAGAGGAAAAUGAGUGUGAUCUUCCAGAGUGGUGCAAUGGGACGUCCUAUCAGUGUCCAGAAGAUGUGUACAGGCAGGACGGGACCUCCUGCACGGGCGGGGGCUACUGCUAUGAAAGGAGAUGCAACAAUCGCAAUGAACAGUGCAGGCAAAUCUUUGGCAAAGAGGCCAAGAGUGCAAAUCAGGAUUGCUACAGGGAAGUGAAUAUCCAAGGUGACCGUUUUGGUAACUGUGGUGUCAGAGUCACUUCAUAUGUAAAAUGUGGCAUCUCAGAUAUCCUGUGUGGGAGGGUCCAGUGUGAGAAUGUGACCGAAAUUCCCGUUCUGAGAGAUCACACGACUGUGCGCUGGACUCACUUCAAUGGAGUCACCUGCUGGGGUACAGACUACCACUUUGGGAUGACCAUACCUGACGCUGGUGAAGUGAAAGACGGCACAGAGUGUGGUGCAGGACGGAUCUGCAUCCAAAGAAAGUGUGUCCUGAUGUCCACUUUGAAAUGCAGUUGCUCACCUGAGACCUGCAAUACGAACGGAGUCUGUAACAACAGACAUCACUGCCACUGCCGCUCCGGGUGGGCCCCCCGGGUGCCCCCCCCCAGCUGCCUGGACGAAGGCAGCGGAGGCAGUGUGGAUAGUGGCCCACCCCCCAGGAAACAAGAAGAAAAGGAGCUGAUGCUCAGCAGCCUAUUUGAGAGCAUGAGAAAAAGUCAGGAGACACGCAGAGAGGUCGGCCCCGACAUCCCUGAUUCCAUGAACCAGCACCGCGGCUGCCUCCCCUCCAACAUCUCAUGGGAGAACUAA